AUGGAUCAUGCGAAUAAAGUCAUGGCCUGCCGGUUUGGCUGGAGUGCCGGCCCAGAGCAAGUAAACCCCGAAUCUUUGUCUACUUCGGAAGUGUCCCGAACUUCGUCUACAAAUGACUUCAGGGCAAGGCGAUUUGCGCCCUGCCGUGGGCGUCUCUAUCACCAGUUGUCUUGUUCGCAUCGCAUCCGGACGGAUCUUGUGGAGGAUUGCGGCACCAACUGUCUGGACCCACUCGCCAACGCCCCAGGCUUACCAUUUUAUUGCCACGAAUGUGUGGAGAAUGAGGCCGGCGAGAUCUGGAAACAACGCGAAUCCCAGCACAACGCGUCUUAUCCGGAAGUUGGCGAGAUGACGAAAGAGCAGUACGAGCAAUGGUACAGCGAGCACCGCCAACUCGAAGUACAGUUCACCAACGAUCACAAGAUCUACGAAUCGAACCUAAGAUCCACGACACGGCCUAGCAACGUAUGUUCCGCACUCGAAAUGAGCCGUGAAGAUGCGGACUUCGCUUCCGAGAUAGACUCUCUCUCCCUGGCCAUGUCGGCAAAGGACCUGUCUGUCGGGCCGGCACAGACACGCGCGCAACGUAUCAGCCUUCCGAACGAUGCUUCCGAGCAGCUCCACUGGCAACUGAACUCCCUCGCUCUGGACCGCGGAUCUUGUGGCAUUGAAUACUCGGCCAAUCAAUCUCCCACGCAGCUACCGCACAUCGUGGCGGAUGAUGAAGAUCUGUGGCAAAGACCGCGAAAAUAA